AUGAAUACGGUCCUUGCACAAUUUAAACUUUGUGAGUCGUUACUCACAGAGUUUAAAAUUACUACUGCGAAUGCCCCGAUGUUUUUUUCCGAAACUGGGGGCAUAGCACACCUCACACUUCCACAGAUAGAAAAGAUCGCAGACAUCAUUUCAAACACAUUUCCAGACUUGAGGCUCCGCAAGAGGAGAAACACAAAGAAGAAGGCGUAUAUCAAAUAUAUAGUGGAACUUGUAACUGCUCCGAUUGGAUCAUUGGGGGAACUGAACCCUUCAGUGUUUCAGACUUCAGUCGCAACGCAACACAAAACACAACAACUAAGUCGUAGUCAAGAGGAAGAGCUUAGUAUAACUAAUGCGAAGAAAGAGGCUGAGAAGAUGGAGUUAGAGAAGAUCAAUAAGAUUCGACCUCUUCCCAAAAACUUUGGAUCAAAUAGCGCAUCACAAAAUGUUGCGCAAAGUCCAUUACAAAGCACUCAGAAUAUCUCUUCUCAAUCUUUUGGAAGUUCAAGACGUUCGCAACAAAACUUACUUGACUACUCCUUUAAAUUGUCGAACGACAUCUACAAAAGCAUUUACAACACUUUUACUGGUUUCAACAAAUUCACACCAAAUGUGAAAUCUGCGUGUUGCCAGGAUGACAGCGCCAGUAAUACUAGUUAUACUUAUAACACAGACGUGCAACAGAACCUUCUCAAUGUCGAAUUCUUCAGAACACAACACCCACAGUACUAUAUCGACAAAAUAUUAUACUGCAAACCGUUUUUGAGUCCGUUAAAUAAGGCGCGCACGGAAAUCAAUAUUGGUAAUAAGAAAAACAACCAAAGGAUUACAGUGAGGGUGUUCGACACAAAGACGAAUACGGAGUCGGCAGAUAUAUACAUCAUACAACUCAUCGCUAACUCAAAUUUUGUGGAUUUGGACGGACUCAUGCAACCACUUUAUGGACAACCGCACUCGACUCCCGCUGUUGUCAGAAAGCCACUUGAUAUCACCACCAAUUGUUAUUCGAGUGUGAACUCCCUGAGUGUGAUGGUGAACAAAUACUCGAGUGAUGUUGUUCUAGUCAUCUCGUUGUGUAGCUACAGACAAAUUGAUGAAUUACUUACAAUCGUUGAGAGUGGGCUAAAUCUGAAUGAACCUGACAAUCAGUACAAAGCACUUUGCGACUUUCAAAGUGUCAUAAAGGUGAUUGAAACAAAAAGAGCCGUUUUUCCAACGGACUGCAUCAAUAUUGACGACGAUGACGAUUUGAAUGAAGGGUUGUCGAAUACUAAUGUGGUGAAAGGGAGUACACAGACAUUCUUUCCGAUGGAGGAGGUACCUGCACCACCCAACUCUGUUCUCAAACAAGAAGAGAAGUCGGUCAAAUGUGAAGAUGUUUCUGUGGGCAAGACUCAAAUCAAUUUACGAUGUCCGUUAAGUUUCCAAAUGAUCCAAAUACCAGUGAGAGGAUGUGAAUGCAAACACACAACCGUCGUUAACUUGAAAGGGAUGUUAGAUUACUGUCUUAACAACUGUUAUUGGAAUUGUCCAAUCUGUGAGAAGCCCUGUUACUUUUCGAUGAUCACCAUCGACCAACACUUAAAAACGUUGAUUCAGUUGUGUCCUUCAGAUUGCUGUCUUAUCGAGUUAGAUGCCAACGGAACAGUACUUAAGUAUAUAAAUGACUUAGGUGACUCCUGUGGUGAUGAUGAUGAUGUCGAAGUGAUCGUUGAUUGA